AUGUUUGGUCUUAUUCCGCUUCUUUUUACUGCGCUUGCCAGCGCAUACCCCAACCGGGGUCCUUGCACAGGCAACUGCUGGGCCCAUGACCCUGCUAUGAUCCAGCGUGUCUCUGAUGGGAAAUACUACCGCUUUUCGACGGGCACUGGUGUCAGCACUCAUAGCUCGCCGUCCGUUAAGGGUCCUUGGACGGACCUUGGCCCGGCAUUGCCAGAUGGGUCCAAGAUCCACCUCGACGGUGUAGACAGCACGAAUAUCUGGGCCCCUGAUGUCCACUAUCAGAAUGACCAGUACUACAUGUACUACGUCCUGUCGAAGAUCGGCACCCAGAACUCCCAGAUCGGUGUCGCAACAUCCAAGACCAUGGAGCCCGGUAGCUGGACUGACCAUGGUUCCAUUGGUCUCCCUGCAAACGAGAACUACAACCGUAUCGAUCCCGCCUGGAUCAGCAUUGGUGGCAAGAACUACAUGAACUUUGGUUCCUUCUGGGGCGAUAUCUUCCAGGUCCCGAUGGACACUCCCCUCAAAGUUGGCGGCGCAACUCCCUACCAAAUCUCCUUCAACGCUACUCUCAACCACCGCGAGGAAGGCGCGUACGAGUUCAAGCACGGUGACUACUACUACCUCCUCUACUCUGCUGGUAUUGCGGGCAAGUACACAAAGACAUUCCCUGCUGAGGGUGCAGAGUACCACAUUCGUGUCUGCCGGUCCAAGACCGGCCUUGGUGACUUUGUUGACGCCGACGGAAAGUCGUGCAAGGAGACUGGUGGCACCAUGCUCCUCUCCAGCCACGGCCAGGUAUUUGGACCUGGUGGCCCUGGUGUUGUCAAGGACAAGGAUCUCGGUGUGGUCAUGUACUACCACUACUACCCACUUGCCGUCAAGGAGAAAACCGAGGUCUCGGACAACGCGAACUACAGGUACGCGUGGAACGUCCUCGGCUUUGAGAACGGCUGGCCUUUCGUGAAGGCCAAUUAG